AUGAGCUUCAAAGGAAAGAAACUCCUCGAUGACGAUAGAAGCAGCGAUGUGGGAAGGAAAAGAAAGCGACUGAAAAAAGUGUCAAGCAGUUUGUUUGAUAGCGACGAUGACGAUAACGUCAACGAUUGGUUUAACAAAGGAGAGGACACCAAUUCAUCUCAAUCCAAAAGCGUCGUCGAAAUUAAUGACGAGGAGGAUGCCGAGCAGAAGGAUACCUACUACACCACAGGGACGAUUUCCAACAGAUCACUGCCCCAAAACGCGUCAAGCAAACCCAUGUACCAUGACAUAACGUCUUACUUCAAACCAAGUUCCAAAAAAAUGGAGGACCAAACAGAGGCGGACACAGUCGGAAGCACACACAAUGUGAAGGGCAUUGCACGAGAAAACAUAAGUCUCUUCGAUAUGGAAAGUAAAAAAUUUAAAAAGGAGUCUCCUCAUACUGGCACCGAGCUGAAGAGGCAGAGAGAAGAACACAUAUCCAACAUGAUAGACCAACACAAGUAUAAAAGAAAACACACCUCUCCAGGGAAGGGAGAAAUCAAAGAGGAACUCGACUUUAACAGUAGCAGCGGGAGUACCACAAAAAAGAAAAACUUCACCUCCAUGUCCACUAUCGGUGGAAAUAACAACAAGGACGAUGCAGCCAACAAGUUCGACUACCUCCCUUUUCAUAGCCUCAAAUUUGUGUUAACAGGCGUGUUUAAGAAUUUUUCUCGAGACGAGUUAGGGUCCAAAAUUAAAGAACAUGGCGGAAGCGUUAUGUCCGCUGUGUCGUCAAAAACACAUUAUCUCAUUCAUGGCGAGUACCUGGAAGAUGGCCGAAUGUACGACGAGGGAAGGAAGUACCAGAAGGCCUUCGAACUCCAGAAGAUGAGCAAGUCCAUUAUUAAAAUUCUGAAUGAGGAGGAGCUGCUGCAGAUGCUACCGCAGGAGAAGGACAAAGCGCCCAAGGGGGGAGACGCGGCUAACGGGGAAGACGGCCGAGAUCAAUUCGAAAAGAGCAGCCAGAGCGACUUCACCAAGAUUAGAAGCGAGAGUGGGAACAACGGUGAAGCCAGCGGAAGUGGGAGCUAUAAAAGUAUCGCGUACAGCGAGAACAAGAACUCACCAAAGUUUGGUGCACCUGCGGAUCAACACGAAAUCCUCAAUCAACUGUGGGUUGAGAAGUACAGACCAAAAAAUCUGAACGAACUUGUAGGGAACAACCAGAAUGUCCUCAAGUUAAAAAAUUGGCUAGCGAGCUGGGAUGAUGUAUGCAUAAAGGGACUCAAAAAACAAGUAACGAAAACGUUUAGAGGGGUGUUCGAAAAUGUCAAUGCCAGGUGUGCCCUCUUGAGUGGCUCAGCAGGAAUUGGAAAAACGACCACUGCAAAAAUUGUGGCGGAAAGUUCCGGAUAUAACGUUAUCGAAUUUAAUGCGUCUGAUGAGAGAAACAAAGCGGCAGUAGAAAAAAUCAGCGAAAUGGCCACCGGGGGGUACUCCAUUGCUUCUAUCAAAAGCCGAAAAUUGACCAAAACCUGCAUCAUUAUGGACGAAGUGGAUGGCAUGUCUAGUGGAGACAAGGGAGGCAGUGCAGCAAUCUUAAAGUUGAUAGAAAAAACCAAGUGCCCAAUUAUCUGUAUAUGCAAUGACAGGCAGAAUAGCAAAAUGAGAACAUUAGCCAACAAAUGCUACGAUUUGAAAUUUACAACACCAAACAAGAAUAGCGUCGUGAAGAGGCUACUCGAAAUAUGCAAACAAGAGGAUAUUAUGAUGGAGCCCAACGCAUUGGAACUUCUGUGGGAAAGCACAAAUGGAGACUUGAGACAAAUGCUAAACGCGCUGCAGUUACUCUCCAAGACGUAUAAGCGGAUCCAAUUCUUGGACCUAAAAAAGGAAUUAAACAAUUCCAAUAAAAACAUACAAUCCCUGGCUAACCCAUUUGAAAUAACACUAAAACUUCUAAAUUUCCAUGAGUCAUCAAAAUUAAAGAUACGAGAAAUCAUGGACCUCUUUUUUGUCGACUAUGAAUUGAUCCCAUUUUUUAUAAGUGAAAAUUACACCAAUGUAUUUAAUGACAAUGAUAAGUCUGCCGCCUCCAUAAAUAAAUGGAAUGCCUACUCUCAAAUAUCAUAUGAUCUCACCCUGGCUGAGAAGAUUAAAUACAACAUGAAAACGACAAUGGACUUUUCUCUCCUUCCCCAUUUUUCCAUCCUUUCAUGUGUAUGUCCUGUCAUGCGAAUCAAAAUGUUAAAGUCAUUUAUGUCUGGCAGAAUUAACUUCCCUUCUGCAUUUGGAAAGAUCUCCACCUUCAACAAGAAUAAGAGGCUACUAAAUGAGGUAUGCUUUAACAUGUCCUACAAGCUGAAUGUCUCUCCAAAGCACAUGGUUACCUCGGGAUUUUUAAAUUAUAUAUAUGCCCAGAUCAUUUCGCCACUACAAAGUAACAACAUAGCUAAGGCGAUCCAACUAAUGGAAGAAUAUAACGUCACCAGGGAAAUGAUCACGGAGAAUAUCCCCUGCUUGAGAUUACCCACACAGGAAAAUCUGUACGACAAAUUGGACUCCAAAAUCAAGGCAUCCUUCACUCGGCUGUACAACGCUUCGCACGUUAUCAAAAAUGAUCCUAACAUAAUGCGCAAGGGGAUGAAGUCAACUGAGAAGAAGACUUCCUUCAAAUUGAAUGAAUACGAAUCCGAUGAGGACAUCGACGAGCUCAGUGAAUCCAAGGAGGAGAAGGACGACGACGUACUGGUCACGAGUAAGGUGGACAAGAAGCCUGCAUCCAAGAGCAAGGCCACCCCUCGCUCCAACACCAAGAAACGGUGA